AUGUGCAUGAUUGAAGCUGCAACUGGAAAGGUUCCCUUUGCAUUUCUAAGUGACGACGACGUCCGCGAUAGUGUGAGGAAGGGAAACAUCCUUGCUCAACCGGAAGAGAUGAAUGAUGACGCGUGGGAACCGACCUCCGUUACAACAACUGGCUCUCGGUUUUGCUCUCAACGUGGCACCCAAGUCGGUGACAAUACACCUCCCGACACAGCACCAGACGACUCGUAUUCAACAGAAAGCGCUCGUUCCCCUCCAUCUCGACCCGAUCCGCAGGAAUCCUUGGAAAUAUCCGACGACGACGACGACGACGCAAAGAGCGGUGACAUCCCCAUUCCAGUGUUGCUUGAUUCCAUUCAGGGCGGCAAUAAUGCCAAUUGCGAGCAAGCAUUGUUCCGACUCCUCCAACUGUGUAUUGACGAAGACCCUCGCAAGAAUCUGUGUGAUCUCAAUGGAGUUCCAGUUCUGGUUGAUGCAGUCAAGACUUGCUACUCGUACUUUGGCUAG